CAAGUAUGAGGGCAAGGGAGGAGCAACCAGGUGACAGGGGAGGAGAAGGAUGCUCAUGACUUUCAGGCAGACUGGAGGGAAGCACCAGUGGAAAAUAAGUAAGACAACAAGUGAAGAUGGCUCUCCAGCUCUACACCACCAUGUACAAAGAGCAGUUUGCCUCUCCCGGCAGACCAAAACGGGAACAACUUCGACCCACCUCUGCCCACCGCAGGAACAACCCCCAGCCCCGGCCGGACUUUCUGUUUCCCCGGAGUCUUCAGGCCAACUACAGGUCAUGCCGCACACAACCCCACUCCUCUUUGGACAUUGGAUGUCCUCUCUUGCCACCUGUCAAACAUUUAUCAUUCCACAGUCCAGUGACAACUUCUCCACACAACUACCCAAACACAGCAAGCACAGGCAAACCAAACCGCAUGCCCCCUGUCAACCCAUCCACAGCACAAGCUCUGCCCUCUGCUGAUGGACUGCAGAAACUACAGCCAAAUGAGCUUCCUUCUGGCGCUGGCUUUAAACUCCACGCUGCUUUGAAGAACCCAGCAAGAGUGGAUUAUCAGAGGAAUGUUCAUCCACUCUCAGCACAGCAACUCAGACACCAUCCAGGAGCUCAAAUUCAGACAAGACCCCAAACCAGCAACCCUCAACACCACUUUCCGGUGACACAAUACUGGAGGUCUAGUUCUAGUAGCAGCAAUGAUUAUGGCGGGUGCUACAGCUGCUUCCAUGUGGUGAAGCCCUACCAAGCUGGGCACUACAUCAUACACCCAGAGUUUGUGUCUGAGUGCCUAUGUUGAGACAAUUAAAGCAUUGGCUUUCACAGUGGGGACUGGGGGACCCACAGAGGUCCUUGAGGGGAUCGUUAACUUCGCUAUUGUUUAAUUCUCCAUUAAUUGACCAAGCGAGACAAAGUGUCAUAAUGAACAAUGUGACUGUAGGCAACACUCUCACCACUUCUAUCUCCCUACAUAACAGCAUGGUUGCUUUUACAUUGUUUAGUAAAUCAGCAGCAAAGAUCUUCCCAUAAGGGGUCUGUGGUUAUUAAACCCAAUCAGGCAUUGUAGCCCUUGUGUGUAUCUGUAUGUGACAUUGUAAUUUUAUCUAUACUAGAG